AUGUCCACCUACACGCACCACACUUCGCACCACCACCUCCCCCCCUCCCCGUCCCCGUCCCCCUCCCACCGCCGCUCCUCCUCCUACACCUCGCACUCCCCGCACCACUCCCACGCGCAACUCAUCCCCGUCUCGCCGCCGCGCCACCACUCCCACCACGGCGCCCUCAUCCCCGUCCCCGUCCAGCCAGCACACCACUCGUCUCCGCGCCACUCCUCCGACUACUCCCACUCCCACUCGCCGCACCACCGCGCCGCGGACAACGACCAGUGGGACGGCGUGACGCGCUACGGCUCCGAGCGCGCCCCGUACAACGAGCGCCGCGAUCUGGAGCUCGAGCACCGCCCGAGUUUCGGCGACACGCUGCUGCUGAUAGAAUCGACGCGCUGUUGCCGCCCAAGCGCACCCACAAACACCGACGUUACCGACGGGGAAAAGAAAAAGAGAUCCAUGCUCGCUUGUGCCAUGCAUGCUAGCUCAUGUUGCUUCAAAGCCAAACAGUCAUCCGUCUAUAUUGUUACAGGACCGUUCCGAAUCGAAAACGCCGAUGACGCCCAAAAGAGUGAUGCCGUCCCAAACUUCAGCGCUUGA